AAUAUUCUCUUAUGUGACCUAAAAGCUCUCUCCCGUCUAUUUGUGUAUUUGCUACUUUUUAGCUCUCUGAUAUUUGUUCUUACUGUUCCUCUUUUUCAAUUAGUAUCAGAGGUUUUAACCAAAUGGAUAUGAUCAAAGGCAGAUCUACUACUCAAUCACCCCUUCUCGAUGGAACAAAUUAUGCUCAUUGGAAGCCUUGUAUGACAAGUUUCCUCAAAUCAAUUGACAGUGAAAGCUGGAAAGCUGUUAUCUCCGGUUGGGAACCACCUAUGAUCCUCGUAGAGGGGAAAUCUACACCUAAACCAGAAUCAGACUGGACCGAUGCUGAAGAUCAAGCUUCUCGUGGCAACGCUUGUGCUCUCAAUGCUAUUUAUAAUGGAGUAGAUCAAAAUGUAUUUAAAUUGAUACAUACUUGUUCUUCAGCAAAAGAAGCCUGGAAAAGUCUUGAAGUUGCAUAUGAAGGUAUAUACUUUCUGCUCUCUAUCUCUUGAUGGCUUCAUAUUUCAAGAAGAGGAUCAAGUUUGUCAUUUGUUGAACAUAAAAAGAAACUAUUCAUUUUUGUCAAAAGGGGGAGUCUGUUACAUUUUUAGCACUUUAAAGCAAAUUUUCUUUGAAUAUAA